AUGGCAAAUAUUAAUUCAAAUUUUGGAAUUUUUCUUGCUAUUCUUGUAGCUGAAUCACUUGGUCUUCAUUUGGGUGCAGCAUUCAAAAAUUUACAACAUGCAAUCACAGUUGCAACUGUACUUCUCAUUGGUUUAAUGUUAGUUAGUGGAUUUUUUGUUCGAAAUUUACCACAUUGGUUAGGUGUAUGGGGAAAAUGGUUAUCAUUUUUAAAAUAUGCAUAUGAUGCAUGUCUGCAAUUACAAUUUAAAGGUGGACGAAUUUAUAAAUGUGUCGAUGGAUCAAUCAUUUCUUCAUGUCAAAAUAAUCCCAAUGGUAUAUUUGUUAGUCAUGAAGCAAUAGAAUUUUUUGAUGUUGGACUUAAUAUUGGAUUGAAUUUUCUUGUUCUUUUUGGAAUGUUUGUUAUAUUUCGAACACUUCCAUAUCUUGCAUUACGAUUUAUCAACAAUCAUACUGGUCAUACAUAA